UCUCAUCUCUUCCUUUCAACAAUUAACUCUCCUCUCUUCCUUAUUUAUGUCUUCCAAACCAAAAUCCAGCUAGCAAUCCUCUCUUCUUUUGUCUCUAUUAUUUCCCCCAUUCACACUUUAUACACUUCAACUACAAGUCCUAUUUCUAUAUAUGUGUAACAAUAAUAGUUAGAAAAGGUCCUAUAUAUUAUUUUUAUGCUAGCUUUAUCAAUUUUUGGGUAAGAAUAAUGGGGAAGAUAUGUGACAAGGUGCAUGGGUUAAAGCCAGUAAUAAUGAUGGUGUUUAUUCAAAUAGCAAAUGCAGGAAUGAGUUUGUUGUAUAAAUUAGCUUCAAAUAAUGGAAUGAGUUUGAGGGUUUUGAUUGCUUACCGUUUCCUCUUUGCUGCCGCUACUGUUGUUCCUUUAGCCCUCUACUUUGACAGGCAAAGUAGGCCAAAAUUGACAUGGAUGGUAAUGUUGCUUGCGUUUCUUUGUGCGCUCUUCGGGGGUUCAAUGGCACAAAAUUUGUUUGCAGCAAGUUUAGUCCUAACUUCAGCAACUUUUGCUACAGCUGUAAUUAAUCUCAUUCCUGGGAUCACUUUCGUUGUGGCCAUACUCUUUCGGUUGGAGAAGCUGGGUUUGAAGACGAGAGCAGGGCAAGCAAAAGUGUUGGGAACAUUAAUUGGAAUAGGUGGGGCUAUGCUUCUCACAUUUUACAAAGGCUUGGAAAUUCAAACUUGGUCAAUCAAAGUUGACUUUAAAGGACACAUGGCAGCCUCCCAGCAACACCAAAAACCAUAUGCUCACAUUUUGGGUCCUAUUUUGGCUAUUUGUAGUUGCUUUUCCACAGCAUUAUCCCUCAUUUUUCAGGCCAAGAUGAGUAAGUUGUACCCUUGUCACUUUUCUAGCACUGCCUUAAUCUCCAUUAUGGGAGCACUUCAAGCUGGAGUUUUUGCCCUUUCUACUGAAAGAGAUUGGAAUCAAUGGAAAUUAGGAUGGAACCUUAGACUACUUAUAGUAACUUACGCGGGGGUAGUGGCUUCUGGAAUGGCAAUCAUCUGCUUGAUGUUUUGUGUAAGAAUGAGAGGUCCAUUGUUCGUGUCUAUUUUCACCCCUUUAAUGCUUGUAUGUGUUGCCAUUGCCGGUUCUUUAUUUCUCAACGAGAAAUUACACCUGGGAAGUGUGCUAGGAGCAGCGAUAAUAGUAUGUGGAUUGUAUACGGUGUUGUGGGGGAAGAACCAAGAAAUCAUCAGGACUUCCAAAUUGACACCUUCGAUGAACUAUGAAGGAUCCGAUCCAGAAGAUCAUAUAAUUACUCCUAAUUGUAGCAAUGUCAUUGGAAUUGCUCCAAAUUUCCAUCCUAUGAAUGAAAUGGAAGAACUAUCCAACCAACAAGUUCUAAAGGAGAAGGAAUCUAUUAAUCUUGAUUCAAAGGUUUAGAAGUUCUCUCAAUAGAUUUAUGAUGAGAGUUUAAGUUAUAUAGGUCAUCAGUGUAAGGAUAAUAGUUGCAAAUUAAUUAAGGUCUUUGCACUGUCCUCCUUUAUGCUUUUUAUUUAGUUUGCUUUCUUCAGUUGAUA